AUGGCACAGCUCACGAGACCCAACCCGGAUCCAUUCUAUGAGGACAACCCUUCUGAUAGCUACGAUGACCCCCAAGAGGAAGAGUACCACGACUAUCUUAGGGAUGCAAGCGCAUGGCUGGAAGACUACCGAGGGCGUGAAGAAUUUCUGGCCUAUGCACCGAAGCUGAAUGGCAAAUUUAAGUUCGCCACGCCAACAGAGUGCGAUACCUUCAGUGCAGCUGACCGCAGCCUCUCGAACAUCCUCGCCCGACUUCCAGCCGAAAUCGACGAACGCAUCAUGAUUCAAGAAGGCCCGUAUUGCCGUGCGUUCUUCCAGAGUAUACGGGAUCGUCUACCGAAGGAGCUUCGUGAAAUGGUGUUUGAAUACAUCUUUCAGGGCACAUACGUCCUGUUGGAAGCGAAGGACCCUGAAGCCGAGAACGCCGACGAUGCUUCGCCCUGCGUGAAGCAAGACAUUGGAAGGCACUAUCCUUACAGCUACCUACUCAAGCCAGGAUACAUCCACGACCCUGCGAUAAGAACUGAGCUUAUAGAAGCAUGGUUCCGGACGUCAAACUUCAUUAUCACAGAUGCAGCACUCAUUCGCCCCUCUCUGGAAAAGUACCCAUGGAGCGCUGGCAUUGAUCCACUCCAACUCAUCAGACGGGUCGAACUAAAGGCAAAACCCCUAGAAGCCCCAUUAAUGCGCGAGGCCAUCUGCAAAGAUCUGGACUCUCUCAAAUGUCUCAACCCGGGCACAACCAUCAUCAUCAUCGUGAAGAGAUUCCCUGAAAGGAGUCAUCAUCCGAGAGACGAUUUACAUCGCGCAGAAUCUUUAUACCCGGUAGCAUUGCGUAUGAGAAGUAUGGGAUACAAGAUGAUAAUUCAACCGUGGUGUUGCCGUAAGAUUGCGGUGGAACGAGGGAACCGCUGGGUGGAGGCAUGGUUGAGGGAGAAUAAGUGA